CCAGACGAUCCAGACUCGAAAAUGUCAUUUUCCCAUCGGGAAAAACUGGAAUUUGUUUGCGAAAAUGCGAGAUAACAAAGUAACCACAACGUGGCUCAGGAAAUGUAGUUUCUUCCAAAAGAGCUGGAUUUCCUGACAAACGCAGACGACGCCCAAACAUAUCCGAAUAUAAUAUUCAAAAAAAAAACAGAAAUCAACAGCAUCCAAGCGGCAGGUUUUUCUUUAAAAUGGGCAGUACCUCUUCCAAAUUCAAGAAAAACCUCCAACAUGGCGACGAGUAUGCUGCUAUGAAAAUCUAUCAAAACACACCCGAACUUAGAAAGUACUUCAAUCCGAAUUCGAGCUAUGGAGAAAGUCAUCAUCACAACACCUCCCUGCAUUAUGCAGCCAAACAUGGCAUGAAGCAUUUACUUAGAGCAUUUCUCAACGAUCUGGGAGGCAAUCCCAACAAGAAAAACAUCUUCAACGAGACGGUACUGCACUGCGCCUGUCACAUCAUUCACAACACGAACUACAGUGCGCAGGAUAGACGCGCAGCUUGCGUUCAACUGUUAAUCCAUUGGCGUGGUUCGAAACUGAGCGAUGGGAACAGGGAAAAAAUUGAUUUGUCAGCACAAGAUCAGGUAAAGUAA